AUGGAUCCUCCUCCAAGUUUUGAAGAAAAAUUUGGAACUCGAGUAUGUAAACUCAAGAAAUAUUUAUACGGUCUGAAGCAGUCUCCUCGAGCUUGGUUUGAACGAUUCACUCAAGUUGUUAAAAAACAAGGUUACUCACAAGGGCAAGCUGAUCACACAAUGUUCUAUCGACAUUCACAAAAAGGAGAUGAUGUGGAUGAAAUAAGGUGUCUCAAAGAGCAUCUAGCAUUGGAGUUUGAGAUCAAAGACUUGGGUCCUUUGAAAUACUUUCUUGGAAUAGAAGUUGCUCGAUCAAAGAAGGGUCUUAUGGUCUCUCAGAAAAAAUAUGUGAUUGAUCUAUUAAAAGAGGCUGGGAUGAGUGGUUGCCGCCCAGCUGACACACCAAUUGAUCCAAAUGUAAAAUUUGGAAAUAAAGAAGGUCGAUUAGUCGACAAAGGGCAGUACCAAAGAUUAGUUGGUAAGUUAAUUUACUUAUCACAUAUAAUGCCAGACAUAGCUUUUGCAGUGAGCUUAGUGAGUCAAUUUAUGCACUCCCCAAUGGAGGAACAUGAAGAAGCAGUGUUUCGAAUUCUAAGAUACUUAAAGAGUUCAUCGGGAAAGAGCUUAUUCUUCAAGAAAUCCGAACAAAGAGGAACUGAAGCUUAUACAGAUGCAGAUUGGGCAGGCUCAAUAACAGACAGAAGAUCUACAUCAGGAUACUGUACAUUUGUUUUGGGAAACCUUGUGACUUGGCGAAGCAAAAAACAAAGUGUUGUAGCAAGAAGUAGUGCAAAGGCUGAGUUUAGAUCAAUGGCUCAAGGAAUUUGUGAAAUGAUGUGGUUAAAAAAAUUAUGGAGGACCUGA